CCCCGUGCGCAUUUCAUUACAAACCAUACAGCCAAGAUGUCGUUUAUGGGAGGCGCAGAGUGCUCCACGGCUGGCAACCCCUUAAGCCAGUUCCAGAAGCACGUUCAAGAUGAUAAAACACUCCAGCGAGACCGCCUCGUUGGCAGAGGGCCAGGCGGUCAACUGGGCGGCUUCCGUAGCUCGGCUGCCAACGCUCCCCAGGAUGAGAUGAUGAACGGUUUCCUCAAUGCUGGCCCUGGCCUUCAACAAGAGUUUCCCACUUUACCAGGCGGGCCUGCUGGCCAGCUUGCCCCUGCGCCGCCGCGAGCGCAGUCAGUGUCGCCAUCAUGGGCCCAAGACUUCAACGCCCAGCAGCCCAGCAUGGAUCAAUUCGCACCACUCAGGCCUCUGUUCAGCCCCGAAGAAUUUGCUCGCUUUCAACAGUCAAACCCGGCUGCCGCCGCCGCAAUGGCGCCUCAGAUGAUUGGUGACUUGUCUUCCGCGAUGGCUCAACCCACGAUGGCUCAGCGACCGAUGAUGGGCAUGGGCAUGGGCAUGAACAUGGGUAUGGGAUAUGGCCAGCCCAUGAUGCAGCCGAUGUACCAGCAACAGCAACCUAUGCAGCAGCAACAACAGGACCUGAAAGGCAAGGGUAAGAUGGUUGAACUGGAUGACAGCAAGUGGGAAGAGCACUUUGCCCAGCUCGAACUCCAAGACAAGGAAGAGGCCAAGGAAGCCGAGAAGCAGGCAAAGGCUGCCGAGGGAGAGUUGGAGCAGAUGGACAACCAUCUCCAAUCGGAAACUAAUGAAUCGAUGGUCAACGACCAACAGUACUUUGACCAAUUUGAUACCGAAUGGGGCCAGGAUCUCAUGCCUGACUUCAAUGGCCCGAAUGAUUGGGGACGAUUCGCCGACCCGAUUGUCGAGAAAUACAUGUUUGAGCAAGAGAACAUCUUCCGCGAGCAGAAGAAUGCCUUUGCCGAAGGUGUUCGUGUCAUGAAGGAGGGAGGUAACCUGUCCCUGGCAGCCCUGGCGUUUGAGGCUGCUGUUCAGCAAAACCCAGACCAUGUCGAGGCUUGGGUAUACUUGGGCUCUGCUCAGGCCCAGAACGAAAAGGAGACGGCGGCUAUUCGUGCCUUGGAGCAAGCCUUGAAGCUCGAUCCCAACAACCUCGAUGCCAUGAUGGGUCUGGCUGUUUCAUAUACCAACGAGGGCUACGACAGCACAGCAUACCGCACACUCGAGAGGUGGCUGUCUGUUAAAUAUCCCAACGUUCUCAGUCCUGUAGAUCUCCACCCUGCCGCUGAUAUGGGAUUCACCGAUCGACAGCAGCUGCAUGAUAAAGUGACCAGCCACUUUAUCAAGGCCGCCCAGCUUAGCCCUGAUGGCGAGCACAUGGAUCCCGAUGUCCAAGUCGGACUUGGUGUACUGUUUUACGGAGCUGAAGAAUACGAAAAGGCAGUGGACUGCUUCCAAUCAGCCCUUCACUCUUCGGAGUUGGGCACCACAAACCAACAAGAGCAACUUCACUUGCUUUGGAACAGGCUUGGUGCUACCCUCGCCAACAGUGGAAAGUCAGAAGAGGCCAUUGCUGCUUAUGAACAAGCUCUGUCUCUGGCGCCCAACUUUGUCCGCGCUCGUUACAACUUGGGUGUGAGCUGUAUUAACAUCAACUGCCACCAGGAAGCAGCAUCUCACUUCCUUGCCGCUCUUGACAUGCACAAGACGAUUGAGAAGUCUGGCCGCAGCAAGGCAUACGAGAUCCUGGGUGACGGUGCCUCUGGCCAAAUCGACCAGGCUCUCGACAGAAUGUCUGCUCAGAACCGCAGCAGCACUUUGUACGAUACCCUGAGGAGGGUGUUUACGCAGAUGGGCAGGAAGGACCUUGCAGACAAGACGAUUCCUGGCGUUGACCCUGACAUUUUCCGACCCGAGUUUGACUUUUAGAGACUCUUUGUUGAGCAGUCCGUUGAGCAUUAAGAUAUUUUAGCGCAUCAAUGAGUCGAAACGGCCUCAUUGCACUCGAGUUACGUUUUUGGUCCAUCUCAUGAAAUUGGAUCUACGAUGAACAUUUAUUUAUUUUUUCCUCGUUGGAAAGAAAGAAGAAGAAGGAAACAAAGGGGGGAGGUCUUAUGAGAAACAUUUUUUUGUCUUUGCCCCUUGGGAGUAUAAUAAUUUGCUGGGAUGCAGCGUGGGUAUUGGGCUUGGAUUUAUCAAGAAUAUAUAUGCAAAAAACAGAAGGAAAUACAAUUGAUGCUUGGAUUAGAUGAAUAUAUUACGAGUCAUAUAUGGUAGAUUCAA